UGUUGACCAACUCGGCACCAUCCAAUGUAGCCAUCUAAUUGUACAUGUAUGUCAAACUCGUCUGGCAAUGUUAACGAGCUGUUACUGAGCUGUUGCACUUUACUGACCAACUCGCCCUUGCUUUUAAGGUCGAGUGGUAUUUAACAUACACGUGUGUGGUUGAUGACCGAAAGUGUUGCACAAUCAUUUCUCCCCAAUAAUUUAAUAUCGAGAUUAAAACUAGAAUAACGGAAAACAGGUGUAUUGAUCAACAUGGAGUAUUUAGAUCAACAACAGACGAGUACUGAAGGAACUAUUUUGUGUUGCCAGUGCGGUACCCCAAUCCAGCCCAACCCGGCUAAUAUGUGUGUAGCUUGUCUACGAACACAGGUUGAUAUUACUGAAGGAAUCCCAAAGCAAGCUACCAUCUACUUCUGCAAAUCAUGUGAGAGAUAUCUUCAACCUCCUGCCCAUUGGGUAAAGUGUUCCUUGGAGUCGAGAGAACUUCUUGCUUUAUGUCUCAAGAAACUCAAAGGCCUUAGUAAGGUGAGACUGAUCGAUGCUGGUUUCAUAUGGACUGAGCCGCAUUCUCGUCGUAUCAAGCUGAAGCUGUCGAUCCAGAUGGAGGUUAUGGGCGGGGCCAUCUUAGAGCAAGUCUUCGUCGUGGAGUUUGUCGUCAGCACUCAGAUGUGUCCUGAUUGUCAUCGAGUUGAAGCUAAGGACUUCUGGAAAGCUGUUGUCCAACUCAGACAGAAGACGUCUCACAAGAAGACCUUUUUCUACUUGGAGCAGUACAUCCUAAAGCACAGCAUGCAUGUCAAAACGCUCAACAUCAAGCAACAUGACGAAGGACUUGACUUCUUUUACACUACUAAGGAUCAUGCUCGGAAGAUGGUGGACUUUCUUAUGAAUGCUGUACCAUGCAGAUACAAGACGGCACAGCAGUUGAUAUCUCAUGAUAUUCAUAAUAAUACAUACGUCUAUAAGUACACCUUCUCUGUGGAGAUUGUGCCUGUAUGUAAGGAUGAGAUUGUUUGCCUGCCUAAGAAGGUAGCAAGGUCGCUGGGUAACAUUGGACAGCUAGUUCUCUGCACCAGAGUUACUAGUGGCUUACAGUUUAUCGACCCUCUUACAUUACAAGUCGCUGAUGUUUCUGCCUCCUCAUUCUGGCGUAGUCCUUUCAGUAGUUUGUGUGACAACCCUAAACAUUUGACUGAAUUCACCGUCCUGCAAGUAGAGAGGAUCGAGGAGAAGGAACAACCCCAUGUGGCUGGCCAUGGCUCAAGAUCAAACAAGCAUUUACUGGCUGAUGUGUGGGUGAUGCGUACUCAGGAUAUGGGUGUAUGUGAUACUCAGUAUCAUUGCCGUAGCCAUCUCGGGCACCUGCUGCGUGCCGGGGACCUGGCAAUUGGCUUUGAUUUCACCCGAACCAACGUCAACAAUUCGUACCUUGCAGAGAUGAGAGCUGAUUUACUUCCUGAUGUCGUUCUGAUCAAGAAAUACUACGGCAAUCGUCAGAAGCGUAAUCGUAAACGCAACUGGAAACUGAAGAUGCUCCGUAAGGAUGAGGAGGGAGUGAAUACUGACAAAGCAGACAGGGAUUACAUGGGUUUCCUCGAAGACCUUGAAGAGGAUACAGAUUACAGAAAGAAUGUCAACAUCUACUUGGAUCGUGAUAAGGACAUUGCCGUGGAAUCAAGUGACGAGGAUGAUGCUCCUCGUAUCAGUCUACAGGAGAUGCUGGAUGACUUGCGUCUUACUGAUGCAGAAGAUGAUCAGGAGAAUAUGGAAGGUGGAGGAGCAGCCGGAUCAAUGGCUACAGCUUAAGAUGUUAAGAGCAAGUUCGAGUGUGCACAAUGGUUAACUAAAGGUUGACUAUUUCGACUCGGUGUGGUCGACCAUUUGGAA